AUGGUCUCAACGCGCCACCAUCCCACUGACUUCCCUCCACCCCCCAAAACCCCCUCCCCCUCCCCAGUCCACACCAACAACAACAACAACAAAUGGGUCCAUACCCCCUCCACCGCGAUAACCCUGUGGCUCGUCCUCUCCGUCCCGCUUGUCCUGUGGGAUGCCGCCUACGUGCUCCUGCGCCCGCACUCCAUGCCAGGCCACAGCCUGCACUCGCCGCUGUGGACCCCCUACGCGCUCUACGGCACCAUCGACUACAUCUACGGCUGGCCGGCCUUCAACGCCCGGAACGGCUUCACCGCCGCGCAGACGGUGCUGAAUCUCGUGGAGAGUGCAGGGUACGUGUAUUACCUGGCGGUGGUCUACUGCCACGGCACCAGUCUGACGGCGAAUGGCCGCGGCGGGGGGCAGCGGCGUCCGCGCAAGGGGGUGCGGUGGUUCCUGCAGGAGACGAAGGUCGUGGCGGGCCGGCGGGGGGCGGGGGCGUUGUUGGUUGCGUAUAGUGCUUCGGUGAUGACGGUGGGGAAGACGGUACUUUAUUGGUUGAACGAGGUGUUCUCGGGUUUCGAGAAUAUCGGACACAAUGACCUCUGGACGCUGGUGUUCUUCUGGAUUAUUCCCAAUGGUCUCUGGAUUGUCUUUCCCGGGUAUAAUGUCUAUCUCCUGGGGGCGGAGAUCGUCGCCGCCUUGGAGGACUCGGCUCCGCGCCAGCGCGGGGGACGGUCCAAGUCGUCGUAGCUUUUUUUAGGGGAGGUCCCGGCGCGGACUGUGUCAGACUAGAGGGUGGUGCAGGUGCAGGUCGGUUGCAAAGUGCGAUGCGCCGUAGAGGGCAGAGAUUUGGCUCACGCCAGCAAUCGAGUGUACGAGACCGAGUUUCCCCGGGGCGAGUCACCAAUACAAUACAAUACUCUCGCUACCAAUCUCCCAAAGCGCCUAGCGUCCGGUCAGACAUAUCAUACGAGAGACGAUCAGGAUGUGGAUCCAGUGGGCGGAGACGCGCUGAGAGAGCCGCCGUCACCCGACUUGACGCUGAAACCAAGGCGACGGCAUAUCAAGCUUACGAUGAAAGAAGAAGCCUUGGAGUCGGAAGACGUGACCCAUUGUCCGGUUGGAUGCACACUCCUGCACAAUCAUCCUAUACUCAUAUGAUAUAGUCUAUAGCUU